AUGCGUGAGAUUGUGCACAUACAAGCCGGUCAGUGCGGUAACCAGAUUGGAGCGAAGUUUUGGGAGGUUAUCUCUGAUGAGCAUGGCAUCCAGCCUGAUGGGACCUACAAAGGUGAAAGUGAUCUUCAGCUUGAGAGGAUCAAUGUUUACUAUAACGAGGCUAACGGCGGCAAAUAUGUCCCACGAGCGAUUUUGGUUGAUCUGGAACCAGGAACGAUGGAUUCCGUACGUUCCGGACCGUUCGGUGCACUGUUCCGCCCAGAUAAUUUUGUUUUCGGGCAGUCUGGAGCUGGAAACAACUGGGCCAAGGGUCACUAUACAGAGGGUGCUGAGCUCGUUGACAAUAUUCUUGAUGUUGUCCGCAAAGAGGCUGAAGCAUGUGACUGUCUCCAGGGCUUUCAACUUACUCACUCACUUGGAGGUGGUACUGGAUCAGGAAUGGGAACGCUGUUGAUAGCUAAAAUCCGUGAAGAGUACCCCGACCGUAUCAUGGCUUCGUUUUCAGUUGUACCGUCACCAAAGGUCUCAGACACAGUAGUUGAGCCUUACAAUGCUACGCUAUCUGUCCAUCAGCUUGUUGAAAAUACGGACGAGACGUUCUGCAUAGAUAAUGAGGCUCUUUACGAUAUAUGUUUCCGAACGCUCAAACUAACCAACCCAACUUAUGGAGAUCUCAAUCAUCUUGUCUCCGUGACAAUGUCGGGAGUGACGACUUGUCUGCGCUUCCCCGGGCAGCUGAAUGCUGAUCUCCGCAAACUAGCCGUGAACAUGGUGCCAUUCCCCCGACUUCACUUCUUUAUGCCGGGUUUCGCUCCGUUGUCAGCUAAAGGAGCGCAGGCAUAUCGUGCACUAACUGUUGCGGAGCUCACACAGCAGGUGCGUAUGUUCGACGCGAAAAACAUGAUGGCAGCAUGCGAUCCGCGCCACGGACGCUACCUUACUGUUGCAGCUAUCCAUUAUACAGUAGUCUUAUUGAGGAAGUCAAGCAAAAAACUUGAUGAUCAGAUGAUGUCGGUGCAGAAUAAGAACUCAUCAUACUUUGUUGAAUGGAUUCCCAAUAACGUAAAAACAGCCGUUUGUGAUAUCCCUCCACGUGGUUUGAAGAUGUCCGCCACAUUUGUUGGAAACUCUACUGCAAUUCAAGAGUUGUUUAAGCGUAUUUCGGAACAAUUCACAGCUAUGUUCCGCCGUAAGGCCUUCUUGCAUUGGUAUACUGGUGAGGGUAUGGACGAAAUGGAGUUCACUGAAGCUGAGUCAAACAUGAACGAUCUCGUGUCAGAAUACCAGCAAUACCAAGAGGCAACCGCUGACGAUGAAGGUGAAAUCGAAGAAGUCGUUGAGAACGACACUUACGCAGCGGAGUCGUGA